UCACCCAGGUACAUAUCAGCAACCACCUCCGUCACUGCAGCGUCUUUCUCCACACACCACGCACAAAUUCCACCCUCCCCACGACCCCGACUCCCACCGAUCUCCCACCGCAACCAUGGCGCACUCAACAUCUCCCACAGACUCCUCAGAGGCGCAGGCCCUCAGCGUGUUUACGCCCGUGAACGCGGUUCUGCUAUCGCUGUUCCUGUACCUGGUGUACACGCGGCUGCGGCCUUCCGCCGCACCCACGCUCGCGGCUUCCGCGCCGAUGGUCUUCAAGACGUUUACGCCUUCGACGCUGCGCCCGUUCAACGGCGUCGACGACCCGCGCGUCAUGCUCGGCGUCCAGGGCAAGGUCUUUGACGUCACCGCCGGAAAGAGCUUCUACGGGCCUGGCGGCCCCUACAGUAAUUUCGCCGGCAGAGACGCCAGCCGUGGCCUCGCAAAGAAUAGCUUCGACGAGGAUAUGCUCACCGACGUCGAUAUGCCGCUGGACCUGCUGGUCGAUCUGACCGACGAAGAGAGGGGCUCGCUGAAGGAGUGGGCCGCACAUUUCGAGGGCAAGUACUUGCUUGUGGGACGGCUGGUCAAUGAGGGCGAGGAGUAGGAUGGGUCAUGUUGUCUUUGCGAGAGGGGUUUAAUGGAGAUAUCUUUGUUUGUUCAGCUUCAUCGUAAAUUCACGUCGCUGUUUACGGCUACUGUUUGCGCCUCGUGGUCUUUGAGAUUGCAAUAUAUUUCACUCCACCCUUA